AUGUCGUCGCGCAAGGCCAUCGUGCUCGGCGUCUGCGCCAUGGAAAAGAAGACGGCGUCGAAGCCCAUGCAGGAGAUCCUCGGGCGGCUGCCGGCGCAGGUCUUCAAGAUCGUCGUCUUCGACGAGAGGACGAUCCUCGAGGAGCCCGUCGAGCGGUGGCCCGUCUGCGAGUGCCUGAUCGCGUUCCACUCCAAGGGCUUCCCGCUGGGCAAGGCCAUCGACUACGCGACGCUGCGCAAGCCCUUCGUCGUCAACGACCUCAAGCGCCAGUACGCGCUCCAGGACCGGCGAAGCGUCUACGAGACGCUCGUGAAGGCCGGCGUGCCGACGCCGCGCUACGUCGCCAUGAGCCGCGACUCCGAGGAGGCCCAGACUCUAGAAGAGUACGACGACUACAUCGUCGUCAACGGCAUCAAGAUGGAGAAGCCCUUCGUGGAGAAGCCCGUCGACGCGGACGACCACAACAUCAACAUCUACUACCCCAUGUCGGCCGGCGGCGGCUGCAAGCGCCUCUUCCGGAAGAUCGGCAACCAGUCGUCCCAGUACCACGCCGAGGAGAACCGCGUGCGGCGCGACGGCUCCUUCCUGUACGAGGAGUUCGUCGACACGCAGGGCACGGACGUCAAGGUCUACUCGGUCGGUCCCUAUUACGGCCACGCGGAAGCGCGCAAGUCGCCCGCGCUCGACGGCAUCGUCAUGCGCGACGCGGGCGGCAAGGAGCUGCGGUACCCGGUGAUUUUGUCCUGGAUCGAGAAGGACAUCGCCUUUAAAAUAUAUCACGCCUUCAAGCAGACGGUCUGCGGCUUCGACAUCCUGCGGACGCACGACGGGCGCAACUUGGUCUGCGACGUCAACGGCUGGUCCUUCGUGAAAAAGUCGCGGAAAUACUACGACGACUGCGCCGCGCUCCUCGCCGAGCACAUGGAGCACCGGCGCGCGGCGGCCCACGCCUUCCGGCCGCCGGGCAACGCGGACGCGGAAUACGGCGCGUCCGACUUCUCCGACGACGGUUUGGCGCUCUGCGCGUCCGCGGACAACAAGGAGCAGAACGCCCACUCCUGGACGGGCGCGCCGCCGAACAUCGGCCAGCUCAAGGAGAAGCCGCCCAAACAAAAGCCCAAGUCGUCGACGUCGGCCAUGCGCGAGCUCCGGUGCGUCAUCGCCGUCGUCCGCCACGGCGACCGCACGCCGAAGCGCAAGCUCAAGGUGAAGACGUCGGCGCCCCCGCUCGUGGCGCUCCACCGGGAGCGGGCGAAGAGCGCCAAGAAGGAGGUGAAGAUCAAGGAGUCGAAGGACCUCAAGGCCUUCGCGGACCUCCUCGGCGACGUGCUCGCGUCCGCGGACGGCGCGUCGAAGACGGGCAAGAACCUGGCGAAGCUCGCCGACGUGCUCCGGAGCCACAUCGGCCACGCGGGCGGCGCGGAGACGCCGACGGCGCUGAACAUGGCCUUAUUCUCCGGCUGCAAAUUGCAGGUGAAGCCGUCCGCGUGGUCCGGCGACGACCAGAAGGACGUCUCGGAGGUCAUGCUCGUCCUCAAGUGGGGCGGCGUUUUGACGGAGCUGGGGGUGGAGCACGCGACGGCGCUGGGCGCCCACUUCCGGCGCCACGUCUACCCGGCGAGCGAGGACGGCGCGGGGCUCUGUGCGGGGCUGCUGCGGCUGCACGCGACGUUCCGCCACGACCUAAAAAUUCGCACGUCCGACGAGGGCCGCGUCAUGAAGACGGGCGCGGCCUUCACCAAGGGCCUGCUGGAGCUCGAGGGCGACAUCUCGCCCAUUUUAGUGUCGCUGAUCCACCGGGGCCGGAGCGACGUGAACAUGCUCGACCGCGCGGGCAACCACGAGGCGCAGGAGCUCUUGGCGCGCGCGAAGGCGCACGUCGAGCGCACGUUCCAGGUCGACGUGGAUUUGGCCGGCGACGACUCGGGCGACGACGACGCCGCGGGCAGCGCGUCGGCCCGCGGCGCCGCGCGGCGGUGCAUCGCGCCCGACGGGCCAGACUCGGUGCUCCGCGCGCUGAAAGCGCUGGGCAACCCGCGGCGCGCUUUGGACGCGCUCUACGACCUCGUGGAUGGGUUGGUCGCGGCCGUGGAGGCCCACUUCGGCCACGACUGCGCGCUGACGCUCUACAUGGGCGAGACGUUCCGCGUCUGGCUCGACUCGGGGCGGCACAAGAGAGCGAAAUGCCCAACUUCAAAGGCUCCUAGCUCGGCCGUUUUCCACUCGUUUCGGCUGAUUCUUGGACGAGCGAUCAUCCCUCGGAACGGUCUCUCACCGUGGGUGCUUUUUCCGGAACGCGCGCGCGCGGAACACUCGCGUUGA